UUAUUUCGAGUAGGAAGUGAGAUACUGCACACUCUACGACACGUUGCGUGUGAUGAUAGUUACCCACUAACCAUCAGUGAUAAUCUCCCUUGGUUGAUUAUUUGUACAUGCUAUUUGUAUAAGAAUUCAGCGCGGAUUAAAAUCGACUUUUGCUGGUUUCGUCUAAGAAAUAUCUACACUCGAACUCAAUAACGGCAUCGAUCAUUGCCUCAAGGGAAAGAAAUUGAAUUAAACGUACUACUGGAAAAUGUUCAGAAAAUUCAAAUCCUGCUGUAAUUAAACAUUAACAACGUAACGAAUUCUGAUAGAUGACGAAGCUCAUAAAAACAGAACAACAUCAACAAUACUUUUCAAUUGACAACGUGGGCGAAAGACUGCGUAUUUUCUUUAAUUGCUUUGCGACCAGUGGAUGUAAAAAAAAAUAUUUUAGGAUGAAUAAAGAGGGUUCUCCGCAGAUCAUUGAACCUACCUACUCGCAUGUCUUCAACUUCGAAAAAAACUACUUUUAUUCAGACACUCAAAAAUGGAUCCAGAAUAAUUUUCAGUAUUGCUACUACUGCUGUAUUAUUUACGUGAUCCUAAUUUUUGGCGGCAAGUACUACAUGUCGAGUAGACCAAAGUUUGACUUGAAGCGUCCGCUUGCAUUAUGGAGUGGAUUCUUUGCAGUGUUCUCCAUUAUCGGAUUUUGUAGAACAGCACCGGAAAUGUUCUCUACAUUGAGACACCAUGGGUUUUACCAUAGUAUUUGCAUACCUAGCAACCUUUUGCAAGAUCAUGUUUCUGGCUUUUGGACAUGGGUAUUUGUCCUAUCAAAGAUCCCAGAAUUUGGUGAUACGAUCUUCAUUGUGUUACGAAAGCAACCAUUGAUAUUUCUACAUUUUUACCAUCAUUUAACUGUUGUUCUUUUCUCUUGGUUCACAUAUGCGGAGACUACAGCACUCUCAAGGUGGUAUACCGUAAUGAACUACUUUGUUCAUUCCUGGAUGUAUUCUUAUUAUACCUUAAAAGCAAUGCAAUAUAAAUUACCAAAAGGUUUUGCCAUGAUGAUUACUACGAUGCAGCUGGUACAAAUGGUGAUUGGUUGCGUUGCAACUAUUGUGGCUUACUAUUAUCCAGAAAUUCGUGGACUUGAAUGCUACAUUACGCGUAAAAAUGUUAUAUUUGGUUUCGCCAUCUACUUCAGUUAUUUAAUCCUAUUUGGAAAAUUCUUCUUCAAGGCUUAUCUUUCCGAAAAACGAAAAAACAAAGUCGGAGAGAACGUUCACGUCGAUGGAAGAAAGGAGUAUUAUAAACCAAAGACUAGCUAAAGUAUAUCAAAGUUUUUGAAAUCUUUCUCUAUAAACGCUUUCUGAUAACGAUUCGUGAAAACACUUAUAACGUAUUUUGGGAGUCUGCAUUAGUUUACAACAAUAGAAAUUGGUUGUGACAUAAUGCAAGUGAUAAGAUAUUUAUUUAUUGUAAAACAUUUAGUGUAUUUGAUGUUAAGGUAUG